AUGGGACGGUGGCGGAGCGGCUCUUCCAGAAACAGAGAUCGCGCGCCCUGCUCGCGGGCGCAGUCUGCCCAUGGCUUUAAAGGGGCACGUGCUUGGGAAGGGGAAGGGAAGCAAAGCCUCUCCCGCCCGUUGCGAAAAGCCACCCCAUUGAUUCGGAGGCGUCGAGAGCGUCGCGUUGCUUCCUCGAGAGCGAGUUUGUUUUGCCGCGAGUUAUUUUUAUAUUCUCCUUGUCUACGAGCGAACUGACCGCUAUUCAGGCACUCGCUGACCUCCAUUUAUGCUCUCAAGACGGACGACGUAAGCCCAUCGCCCCCGUUAACGCCACUCUCCGUUAAGUUGGCCAAUAUGACCCUGACCUCGACGGCCGGACGGCCGUAUGGCCAUGUUGCCCAGAUCAUUCCGGGCAAGUUGUUUUUCGGUUCGUUCCAUGAGAUGCCACGGAAUGAUGAUCAUACGAUUCAUGCCAGGAUAGAUGAACAGGUCGCAUAUCAUCCCUUCUAUUCAGAUUUUGGGCCAAUAAAUCUGGCCGAAUUACACAAAGCUUGUCUUUUUAUUGACAAUCUUCUCAAAGUAAGUCGUUUGAAAAGUAAUCAUUAUAAUUUUAGGAAAAUCCAAAACGACGAGUUGUAAUCUGCAGUGAUUCCAAUGAUUGUAAUAGAGUUAAUUCCGCUUUUCUAGUUGCUAGUUACAUGGUAAGUUCAUACGAUGCCUCAUAAUUUUAAAUUUCAUAUUAUCUUACCUACAGUAAUGUAUGCAACUUUAGGUAAUCUACCACAAACUCGGUGCCGACCAAGCCUACCUUCGAGUGCAAAGAGCAGAACCACCAGCUUUCAUAGGAUACAUAGAUGCCGCUUUAGGAGAGCCCAGUUAUUUGUUACAUUUACAGCAUACAAUCAAGGCAGUAGAGAAGGCCCUAAAAUUUAAUUGGCUCAAUUUUGAAACGUUUGAUCCCGAGGAAUACGAAUACUACGAAAGAGUCGAGAAUGGAGAUCUCAAUUGGAUAAUCCCCGGGAAGAUCCUCAGCUUUUGCGGGCCCCAUGAUCGAUCUUAUGUUCAUAAUGGUGGGUCUAAUGUGGGAAAAAUUUAUUUGCUUUUAGGAUAUCCAUAUCACGCACCGGAGGUCUACUUUGAUUACUUUCGAGAAAAGGGAGUCUCAACGAUUGUCAGGUUGAACACCAAGUUGUAUGAUAGAAAAAGGUAAGAGAAAUAUCACCAAAGUAAUAACAGAGGCCUCAUGUAAAUCACAACAAUUUGUUUCAGAUUCAUCGACGCCGGAUUUGAUCAUCAAGACCUCUUUUUUAUUGAUGGAUCCACUCCGACUCAAGAGAUUGUCCUCAAAUUUAUUGAUAUUGUGGACAAGGCUCCAGGAGCCGUAGCCAUUCAUUGUAAGGCUGGAUUGGGCAGAACUGGAACGCUGAUUGCCUGUUGGAUGAUGAAGGAGUUCAAACUGACUGCUCCGCAAUGUAUGGGAUGGUUGAGGAUAUGCCGACCUGGAUCAGUCAUCGGGCCUCAGCAACAAUUUCUAAUUGAGAAGCAGGCGUGGUGUUGGAAACUAGGAAGUUCUCAAGGAAAAACAAGAUCUCCUCACAGAAGUCCUCAAAGGAAUGAAGAUAGGAGAAACGACAAUGUAGUUGAGAUCUCGUUAGAUGCUAAACCAACCAAGGUCAUCAAUGGAAAUUACGAUGAGGUGAGUAAAACAAAGAAUUGAUUGGACUAAAAUAAUAUUGCAAUCUCUUCUUUAGACGACAAUUAAUGACAAAGGUCAAAGUCAGGGUGACAGAUUAAACGAAAUGAAGCUCCGGUCUCAACGAGUCGUGGCCAAACACCCCUCUGAUACGUUCGUGAAUCCCAUUCCUUGUGGAACUACUCCUACGUAUCAUGGGCCUACUGCAACCACUCCAAUAAAACAAAUGAAACUCUCAACGGUUCCCCGACCCCCUCCCGAUGCCUACAAGAAGACUUCAUUAAGCUCGUUCCGAAUGCCUGUAAGUCAAUAUAUAUUUUGCACUCGAUAUCUGAUGCGAAAAGAAUGACGAAUUCUAAAUUUAGCGCUCAAAAUUCGUCAUUCUUUGCGCGUCCACCUUGUAAAGGCAUUUCUAAUAGUUUGUUGACGUUGUUUUGUGGUUGUUUUGGGUAUUCUGGCUUUAGCGUAGAGAACGCCGAGCCCUUAACAGAACCGGUGAUGGUUAUUCUAACGCGACGAAUGCGUAUCGCCCGACCGUUGUGCAACGGGAGCCUCCUCGCGUGGGUGGCCCAGCUAGAUGCCGCAUUCUCUAACUUCACACUCUGCACUCCCUUUUUAACUCAUUUUCUAACACUCACUUUGUUGUUGUUGCACUUGUAGUAGUUAUCGUGCUCGAUUUGAUGUGCCAUAUCGCUUUCAAAAACCGGUUGAAUUUCGUAAUAAAUACUAUUUGGACCUCUAAAUGGCCGAGUUCUCUCUUCAGAUCUCCAAAGUAAUCGUAGCGACCACACAUCACAAGACUUCGCCCAGGAUUCCCUCGAUCAAAAGGUACGGAUAAUAUAAUUAAUAUAAGUUAACAUGGGAUUCUCCUCUCUCAGUAAUAGUCCACUUUCUGUUAAUCAUGGGGUAUGGUGAAGGAAUUAGACGGUUAUGGUAUCUACUAAAACUAAAUUUGAUAUCUAAUACAACCAAGUUUGGGCAAAAACUUCUCCACGAUUCUACAGUAAUCCCCUGUUUCAGCGCCCGACCCCAGCCAUACUCAACAAGCCCCGGGAAUCUAAAAUACGGUCUGCGGCCGAGAAAGACCCUUACAAGCCCGAUUAGAUACGAUCCGGCGACGGAAAAGAGCAAUAUCAGCAAGGUGCUGGUCAGACACCACAAACCCCUGACCCCGGGCCGCUACAACAGCCGCUUUUAG